GCCACGGGCCCCGAGAUGGCGGCGGCGGCGGCAGAGGGCGAGGCAGGCUUCACCCGCGUCUCGGCCAGGCGCAGCCGCCAGAAGCGGAGGGCGGCAGCUGCCGCCAUGGACACGGCGGAGCCGCGCCCCAGCAAGAGGCCGACCUUCCCGCCUGUGGCCGCCGAGGCUCUCGGGGCCGGGAAAGGCGAGAUCCGCAAGGUCCCGGUGCCGGCCAACAGGUACACCCCGCUGAAGGAGAAUUGGAUGAAGAUCUUCACCCCCAUCGUGGAGCACCUGCAGCUUCAGAUCAGAUUUAACUUGAAAACGCGGAACGUGGAAAUCAGGACUUGUCAAGAGACCAAGGACCUCAGCGCACUAACAAAAGCAGCUGAUUUUGUGAAAGCCUUUAUACUUGGGUUUCAAGUGGAGGACGCUCUUGCUCUCAUCAGAUUAGAUGACCUUUUCCUAGAAUCAUUUGAAGUCACAGAUGUCAAACCUCUGAAAGGAGAUCAUCUGUCAAGAGCCAUUGGGAGAAUAGCAGGGAAAGGUGGGAAAACAAAAUUCACUAUAGAAAACGUAACCAGGACACGAAUCGUUCUUGCUGACACCAAAAUCCAUAUUUUGGGAUCUUUUCAGAACAUUAAAAUGGCACGAACAGCAAUUUGCAAUCUAAUUUUAGGCAGUCCUCCAUCAAAAGUUUAUGGCAACAUCCGAGCAGUGGCCAGCAGAGCAGCUGAAAGAUUCUGAGCAGCAGCAGCACAGCUGCACCACCAAGGACUGGGAGUCCUAGUUCGUUUAUGUCCAAGAAGUAUGGAGCUUGAUUUGGAAGCCCAGAGGAGAACUGGGACUGAUUGUGCAGUGUGAUUUGAACACACACAGUCAUUAAAAAGAUAUUUUAAAUGGA